CUGCGAUCGAUAUCGACGACAGCUGUGUCUUGAUGAACAGUCGAGUCGGUCGAGAGCACGACGAAGAGAGCGGAGGAGAAGCGAGACGGCGAGGACGAGGUGAAUCCGUUCGCCAUCUUGAAGAAAGCAGGGGACGUGGACAUCCUCGAUCCCUCCUGGGCGUACAUCCAGACCGCGGAGAAGGUGGAGAGCGAGCAGAAGGCGCGGGAGUUCCUGAGGAGCGUGGAGAAGGUGCUGGGCUUGGACCUGCGGAGCCUCACGAACGCAAGGUUGAAGGAGGACGUGAUCACCUUCCGCGUGAACCCGGGGAUCGCGGAUGCGAAGGAUGUCGUCAGCGUCGCAUGGGACAACAAGGACAAGAUCAAAGAGGCAUCUGGAAUUGAAAUCGCGAAGACGGGAUUCGGGAAAAAGGGAGAGGGACCGUACGUGGAGUUUCUGAAGGAGAAGGAUGACUUCGUGCUGCUCACGGUGUCGCUGUGCGGGGCGCUGGGGGCGAUCAUCCUCACGGCCGCGGCCGUCUUCGUCGUCCGGCGGCACAUCAAGAGCAAGGAGAAGCUGCGCAACCUGGCCGAGGUGGACACGGAAGCGUCCAAGGACUAUCAGGACCUGUGCCGUGCCCGGAUGGCGGGGAAGGCGCAGGAGAAGCCCCUCAUCCCAAACACGAAAGGAAGUUCGAAAGGCGACGGGGAUCCGACUCAGAGCCCUCAUUCCUCCAGGUCUUCCACCUCCUCUUGGAGCGAGGAGCCGGUUUCUUCGAACCUCGACAUCUCGACCGGGCACAUGGUCCUGGCAUACAUGGAAGAUCACUUGAAGAACAAGGACCGGCUGGAGCAGGAAUGGCUUGCCCUCUGCGCCUACGAAGCCGAACCUUCCACGACCAACAUCGCCCAUCUGCCGGAAAACGAAAAGAAGAACCGUCGUGCGGAAGCCGUGCCGUAUGACCAUUCCCGCGUGGUCCUCAACGACCUGACCAACAUCUCCGGGUCCGAUUACAUCAAUGCUUCCUCCAUCACCGACCACGACCCCCGGAACCCGGCGUACAUCGCGACCCAGGGCCCCCUGCCCGUCACGGCCGCCGACUUCUGGCAGAUGGUCUGGGAGCAAGGCAGCGUCGUCAUCGUCAUGCUCACCCGUCUCACCGAGAACGCCCUCCCCCUGUGUCAUCGCUACUGGCCCGAAGAGGGCUCCGAGGUCUAUCACAUCUACGAGGUAAUUCUCGGCUCGUGGCGCGUUUCUCCUCUCUUCGUGCUUUCGGAUCGACCGACCCCGUUCCCGGCGUUCGAUGGCACUCCGGCGACGCCUCGCGACUGCAGCGACAUCUAUCGCAAAACCGAAGCACUUCCAUUCGACGAACUCGUGGAGCCCAUAGAAAACCACGAAGACCGGGUCGAAGUGCAUCUGGUGUCGGAGCACAUCUGGUGCGAGGACUACCUGGUUCGGAGCUUCUAUCUGAAGAACCUGAAGACCGGGGAGACGAGGACCGUGACUCAGUUCCAUUUUCUCUCCUGGCCCCAAGAUGGUGUUCCCUCGUCUGCUCGCGCUCUGCUCGAAUUCCGAAGGAAGGUGAAUAAGUCGUACAGAGGUCGGUCUUGCCCCAUCGUCAUCCACUGCAGAGGAAAAAAGUUGACGAACCAGUUGCCAGGGGUAUCAGGUCGCCUCACCCGAAACUAUUUCGCCCCCAGCGACGGCGCUGGUCGAACGGGGACGUACUGCCUCAUCGACAUGGUCCUGAACCGGAUGGGGAAGGGCGCCAAGGAGAUCGACAUCGCCGCCACCCUCGAGCACAUCCGCGACCAGCGCCCCGGGAUGGUGGCGACCCGGGCCCAGUUCGAGUUCGUUCUGGUCGCCGUCGCCGAGGAGGUUCAUGCCAUCCUCAAGGCCCUCCCGCAGUAG